UUCCGCACAACAUUGAUCUGCUCUGUCUAGCUAUUCUAUUUGCAUUUUGCUAUAGAUUUUAUGUAAGUUUGUCUAUAAUAAUCAGUAUAAUUGAUAAUAUACCGAAUUUACUUGGACUUGAACCGCAUAUCUUUUUGUGCAAAAAGUAUUGUAGUAUUGUCGAAUUCUAAAUAAUGGACUAAUAAGGCUUCUACCGAUCUGUGCUAUGCUUCUCAUUUUGUUUUGCUUGAAAAUUGGUUAACCGGCCGGUCCCCGUCUAUGGUUGGUGACUUCGUUCAGCUUGUUUUCUUCACAAUCCGUAAAAAUCUCUAAACCAACAAUUAUUCUGCUAAAUUUUCUUGAAUUAACAACUAAUAAUAGAAAUCAUCGACAACAUUUAUAAUUCAUUUUUAGAAAAUUCAAUUUAAUUUUUUUUGGUCAUUUGACUUUUCUUGACUUCUAACCUGUAAAAAAAUCACAAUCGUCAGUAACGCCAAAAAAAAAAAAAACCGUUACAAAAAACAUGACGGAUCCAACCGUUUCCCGCCAAGUCAACAGCCCGCUGAAACGUAACGAAAGUAACGGCGAAUUCAAACGUCUCCUACUUCCUGAGGAUCCUAGCCAAUCAACGGCUGAACUACCGGAGAAUCAGGUACUGACCGUAGAAGAAGACGAAGGAGAAGCCCACUUAGACUCUGUUCCUCCCUUCUCGUGGGCGAAGCUAUGGAAAUUCACGGGACCCGGUUUCCUCAUGAGCAUAGCGUUUCUAGACCCUGGAAACAUCGAAGGGGAUCUACAAGCAGGAGCCGUGGCUGGGUACUCGCUUCUGUGGCUUCUUCUGUGGGCGACGCUGAUGGGACUUCUGAUGCAGCUUCUCUCGGCUCGGAUCGGUGUGGCCACGGGUCGGCACCUGGCGGAGAUUUGCAGGAGCGAGUACCCGUCGUGGGCGAGGAUUUUGCUUUGGUUCAUGGCGGAGGUUGCUUUGAUCGGAGCUGAUAUUCAGGAAGUCAUCGGAAGCGCGAUCGCUCUUCAGAUCUUGACGCGUGGGUUUUUGCCUAUUUGGGCCGGUGUUAUCUUCACGUCGUUUGAUUGCUUCUUGAUUUCGUAUUUGGAGAAGUGUGGGAUGAGGAAACUAGAAGGUCUUUUCGCGGUUUUGAUCGCAACAAUGGCUCUUUCGUUUGCUUGGAUGUUCAAUGAAACUAAGCCGAGCGGACAAGAACUAAUAAUAGGCAUUAUUGUGCCAAAGCUCGGAUCAAAGACAAUCAGACAAGCCGUUGGAGUCGUAGGAUGCGUAAUAACCCCUCACAACGUAUUCUUGCAUUCCGCUUUAGUGCAGUCAAGGAAGACAAACCCAAAGGACAUAAACAGAGUUCAAGAAGCUCUCAACUACUAUAACAUCGAAUCAACCGCCGCGCUUUUCGUCUCUUUCAUGAUCAAUCUCUUUGUAACCGCGGUUUUCGCUAAAGGUUUUUAUGGAACCAAGCAAGCUGAUAGUAUAGGACUAGUUAACGCGGGACACUACCUACAGGAGAAGUAUGGCGGAGGGGUUUUCCCGAUACUUUACAUCUGGGGGAUCGGUUUGUUAGCUGCUGGACAGAGUAGUACCAUAACGGGGACUUACGCUGGACAGUUUAUAAUGGAAGGGUUCUUAGAUCUUCAGAUGGAGCAAUGGCUUUCAGCUUUUAUAACAAGAAGCUUUGCCAUUGUGCCAACUAUGGUUGUAGCUCUUAUGUUUAAUACAUCAGAAGGGUCGCUCGAUGUUUUAAACGAAUGGCUUAACAUUCUUCAGUCGAUGCAGAUUCCUUUCGCUGUUAUUCCUCUUUUGACUAUGGUUUCUAAUGAACAUAUCAUGGGUGUCUUCAAAAUAGGACCUUCUCUUGAGAAGCUAGCGUGGACCGUGGCGGUGUUUGUGAUGAUGAUAAAUGGGUAUCUUCUUCUUGAUUUCUUCAUGGCUGCAGCGAACGGUUUUUUUGUUGGGUGUCUAGUUUUGGGUGGAGUGGUUUCGUACGUCGUUUUCAUCAUUUAUCUUGUUUCAUAUAGAAGCUCACAAUCAUCUUCUUGGUCGAGCUUAGAAAUGUCGUCACAGAGAGUUGUUUCCACGGAGACGUAGAAAACUAGAACUUUUACUGACGCUUGGAAUUUUUCAGCCCUGAAGAACACACAUUUGAGCAAAGAUAGAAACGGUUUGGUCGGUUUUUGAGUUGAUGGUUCUGCUGCAUUUGUGCUCGAUGGCUGGAUUUCAGACAGUACAGCAGAGGCAAACUGAGUUGUAAGAUUAGGGAAAGAUCGAAUGGGAUAAAUUUGUAGAUUGAUUUAUUGAAUUUGUAAUGUAACAUUGCACAUAUGGAGUAGAAUUUAUUUAAAAGACGUUGAACAGUAAUCAACAAAGAAGCGGUUAACCAGAAGAAGAAAAAAAAACAGAGAAGUGUGUGAGUA